AUGUCCCAAUCAACCCACAGCCGAGAGAAAUCCCCACAGUCCAGACCGCAACAUAAACCCGGUCUAGCCUGCGAAGAAUGCCGAAGGCGGAAGCUCCGCUGCGAUCGCCGCCAGCCCAAAUGUGGUCUGUGUGAAUCGUCUGGUGUAGAAUGCCAGAUCACCGCUCGACCACCUCGUGGACCCAAACGUGGGUAUCUUAAGGUCCUGCAAGAUCGCAUUGCCAAUCUAGAGGGACUCCUGCAGCAAAACAAUACCACAGCAAACCCACCAAGCGACGGGGGCUCUUUUGAAAAUCUGCUAUUGGAGGAGCCGAUUGAUCUGCCACUAUGGGAAUUCCCAAUCAACAUGGAUGAAGAUAAUCCUUUACUUGAAGCCUGCGCCCGAGCCAAGUCAUCGCAUUCAUCUGGUGAAUCCUCAGUAGAAGGAAUGGCCGGCACCCCGGUCUCUUCAAUGCUGGCCCUCGAUCCCACACUGUCUCUUAACCCAUGGAAUCCCUUUGAAUUUGACACUAAGAUAUCAGACUUAAUGCAAGCCGACCUUGAUCAGCUCUAUUUCGACCGAAUCCACAACUUCAUGCCUAUCCUCCACCCAGGCCGGUACUUCGCUUCACGAAAACAACAGAUAAGGACAGAUGGCCAAUGGUGCCUACAAUAUGCCAUGUGGACACUUGCAGCUUCGGUAUCAGCACACUACCAAAAUGUCGGAGACUCCCUAUAUCAACAUACCCGCCGGUCGCUCGAGACGUUGGAUUCGAAAAACACGAAGCUUGAAUCCAUGGACCUCGAACAAGUACAGGCUUGGCUUCUGCUUGCCAUACACGAAUUCAUGUGUAUAGACUUUCGGCGAGGAUGGAUGAGCGCUGGUCGAGCCUUCCGACUGAUCCAACUAAGCUGGCGACAUGGCACCGACGGCCCAGACCAGGCUCAAGGUGACUGGAUCGAAUCGGAGCAGAAGCGAAGAACAUUCUGGAUGGCCUAUUGUUUGGAUAGAUUUGUGAGCAUGCGAAUAGGGUCCCCGCUGACAUUCAGUGAAACAAUUGCCAUUCGACUUCCAUGUCCCGAGAACAAUUUUCAAAAUGAUCAGCCUAUUGUCAUGGGCUUUCUCUCCGAGACUCUUGUCGCCGCUAGCCCAACUGUGGUAUCUGCAUUUACCGAGUGUAUCAUUGUUGCAACAAUUAGUGGCCAUACACUAUCUCAUCGCCACCAAUAUCCUAUUCGAGACAUAGGUUUCAACGCCCUGGAAGCGUUUUGGGCCCAGCAUCAGUGGAUUAAAGUUAUCCACAACCAGUGGAUGGAGUCAUUCUCGUCAAAAUACCCUGCCGACAUGCAGCAGAGCGACCCUAUGCUCCUUUUUAUUGGGCUGAUGUAUCGAAUUAUCACUCUGCAUCUAUAUCAGACUACCGCGUGUAUGAUCCCUGCAGCCGAUGAGGAGCAGCGUGAUGUUGUCAUAGAAAAUAGAACACGCGCAUCAUUGGCAGCCAAAGAGAUCGUUGGCCUGAUCAAUCAACUAUCCCAUCUCAACUCAUUCAAGCUUCACCCUCUCACCCCCAUACCCCUUUCACUUUGUGUGGAGUUCUUUGUCUCGAAUAACGAGCCUGGCGACGGUUUUGCCAAAGAGCUACAGGAUAUUAUUCAAGCCAUCAGUUGCCUGAAGAACUUCAAUAACAUUGGAAAGGGAAUAUCUCAUUUGUUCGAAGAACGCGGUGCCGCAGCGGGUAUACCAGCCAUUGUCCAAUAG